AUGCAUAUUACUCGUUGUUACUUUUGCUCAGGACCUUGUUAUCCUGGACAUGGAACCAUGUUUGUCCGUAACGACAGUAAGACCUUCCGUUUUUGCCGAUCUAAAUGUCACAAAAACUUCAAGAUGAAGCGUAAUCCUCGUAAGGUUCGUUGGACUAAAGCUUUCAGAAAGGCAAGCGGCAAAGAAAUGGUUAUUGAUUCUACAUUUGAAUUCGAGAAACGUCGUAAUGUUCCUGUUCGCUAUGAUCGUAACUUGAUGGCCACAACAAUCAAGGCCAUGAAGCGAGUACAAGAAAUUCGUGCUAAGCGUGAACGUGCAUUCUAUAAGAACCGUAUGGCUCCUAAUAAAGACAAAGAGAAGGCUGAAGAUAUCCGUGUUGUCAACCAGAACAUUGAAUUGGCACCCCUUGAACACAAAAAGAGAGUUCAAGCUAUCAAAUCCGAAAAGGAACAAACACAGACGAUGGAUAUGGAAGAAUAA